AAUAGCAUUUUAUUCACGUAGAUUUAAAAAUAUUGAACACUUUUGCACGCGACUGUUCGCCCAUAUUGCAUUCCUCGGCGGAGGGUGUCGCGGCAUUUAUUUCAAAUCUAUUCUGCGGGAACCCUGCCCCUAACCAUUAUCGUCUUAUCAUCGGAACUAAACACUUCUCUCUUUGACAGUCCUCUUUAAGACAGAAUGUUUUAAAGUUACCGAACAAAAAUGCGUGUUAAGUGUAUCGCUUCAGUGAUAUCAGUGUUAAUAUGUUCUCAUUAUUCUUAUUUGAUACGAGGCAAAUCAGAACGCCGAUUUGCCGAAAGUGAAUCAGUAUUAGACCCGAAUGGCGAACUAUUAUUGAAAUGGAAGGUGGACUAUUCUCUACGUAAGAUUCAGUUUGAGUUGUCGUUGACAGAAAAAGCGCCACCCUUCAAUUGGUUCGCGAUAGGAUUCUCUGAUCGGGGCGGCUUAGAGAACGCAGAUGUUUGUCUACUAUGGACUGAUUAUAAGGGCAACGACCAUUUUGAGGAUAUGCAUUCAGAUAAAAGCGGGAAUUUGGCCAGGGAUGAGAAACAGAAUUGCGAAGGGUUUUAUCUGGACAGCACGAGUAGAAGUAUUAUUUUUGAACGCGAUUUCGAUACGUGCGAUCCGGACGACUACGUGAUCGAGGAUGGAACAGUCCACAUGGUUUGGGCGCGUGGCGUGGACAAACUAUUCUCCUCAAGAGGUUUAAGUUUAACUUGCACCCCUCCAAAGAACCAUGGUUUCAUUAGAGUCCGACUUCUGACGCCUCCAGGUCACAAGAAGGUGGAUGGCCACGAAUUGAGGUUCACAAAUAAAAAUCUAAAGGUGCCAAGUGAUGACACCACUUACUGGUGCAAAGUUAUUAAGCUACCUGACUAUAUAACCAAAACGCCACAUCAUAUAAUUCAGUUUCAAUCUACGAUCACGAGAGGCAAUGAAGGUCUGGUCCAUCACAUGGAACUGUUCUACUGCGACACUGAUCCGAAGACCGAGAUCCCUCUGUAUGAAGGCAACUGUUUUGCAUCGGAGAGGCCAGAAAUUACAAAGACUUGUUCAAAGGUAAAGUCAGCGUGGGCUAUGGGAGCGCCCCCGUUCACGUACCCCGAAGAGGCGGGGCUUCCCCUCGGCGGGCGCGGGCAGAACAAGUUCAUGAUGCUGGAGGUGCACUAUAAUAACCCUGAAAUGAGGAAAGAUUGGGUGGACAGUUCCGGUAUCGUAGUAUACGUGACGGCCAACAAGCGCCGAUAUGACGCCGCCAUCAUGGAGUUGGGUUUGGAGUACACGGACAAAAUGGCGAUCCCGGCCGGACAGAAAGCCUUCUCUUUGUCCGGGUACUGUGUGCCUCAGUGCACUGGAGUGGGGAUCCCGGAGCAGGGUAUCGUGGUGUUCGGCAGUCAACUGCACACGCACCUGACCGGCGUCGCGGUGUGGACGCGGCACUCGCGGCGAGGCGUCGAGCUGCCUCCACUCAACACGGAUAUGCACUACUCCACUCACUUCCAGGAGAUCAGGAUCUUGCAUGAUCCUGUUAGAGUACUACCGGGAGACUACCUUGAAACCACUUGCGUUUACAACACGGAAGGAAGAGAGAACGCUACGAUCGGCGGACACGCCAUUACAGACGAGAUGUGCGUCAACUACAUCCACUACUACCCCGCCACGGACCUGGAGGUCUGCAAGAGUGCCGUCUCCAAUGCGGCGCUGGAAAACUACUUCCAGUUUGAGAAAAAAUGGGAUAACAUUUCAAUUUCUUUUGAUUCGCCUCCUAGAGCGAAUUAUUUGGCUGUACACCCGUGGACACCUUUGAGGGCGAAAUCUCUGCACACACUUUAUGUAGAAUCGCCGAUAUCAAUGCAAUGUAACAAGUCAGAUGGGAAUAGAUUUCAAGGAGAUUGGGAAGGAAUACCAAUUCCUAAAAUACACCUACCUUUACCAAGACCAAGAAGAACAUGCACAAAUAAAUAUCAUUAGGAAAACAACACUAAAGGGAUGCUUUCAUAACUCCCUAAAAUAAAAUAAUAUGUAAAACCUUUUAAUCAUUAUUUUUAAAAUUCUUUUCAAAAAAUUUGUCGUUGUAUGUAAAGUAAAUAAUACAUUCAUACAAAGAUUGCAGUUUAUGAAGAUAAUUAUAUAAUAAUUAGAGUAUUUACUUAAAAAUAAUAAGUAUGAAUUUAA